AUGAGACAUUCUCGUCGGGAAGUCGCCUGUGGUGCAUUCUCGUCGGGAAGUCGCCUGUGGUGCAUUCUCGUCGGGAAGUCGCCUGUGGUGCAUUCUCGUCGGGAAGUCGCCUGUGGUGCAUUCUCGUCGGGAAGUCGCCUGUGGUGCAUUCUCGUUGGGAAGUCGCCUAUGUUGGAAGAAUUUUUUUCGAGAAUUCAUGUUCUAGAAAUAUCGACGCAGAGAUUGUUGUUAAUAAUUAAUUAA